CCCCCUACCCCGGAAGCGGUGCCCUGGGCCACUCCUCCCGCCGAGUGACUGGUUCUUGGGUUUACCUACCAAUUGCUGCGCGGCUCGGAUCCUCUGGUUCAUGGACCGCACAUGUGAGGAGAGGCCCGCAGAGGAUGGGAGAGACGAGGAGGACCCCGAGUCCACGGAAGCCCCAGCCCGGAUCCGGGACACUCCGGAAGAUAUCGUGCUGGACGCUCCGGCCAGUGGACUGGCGUUCCAUCCGGCCCGCGAUCUCCUGGCGGCUGGGGACGUGGACGGGGACGUGUUCGUCUUUUCCUACUCCUGCCAAGAGGGAGAAACCAAGGAGCACUGGUCCUCAGGUCACCACCUCAAGUCCUGCCGAGCCGUUGUCUUCUCUGAAGAUGGGCAGAAACUUGUUACUGUGUCCAAGGACAAAGCCAUCCAUUUUCUAGAUGUGGAGCUGGGACGACUGCAAAGACGCAUUUCCAAGGCUCACAGGUGCUCGAAGAAGUUCUGUAUCUGUGUCUCUAGUGCCCCCAUCAACAGCCUGCUGCUGGUGGAUGAGAAUGUUCUGGCAACUGGGGAUGACACAGGUGGCAUCCGCCUCUGGGACCAGCGGAAGGAGGGCCCCUUAAUGGAUAUGCGGCAGCAUGAGGAGUACAUUGCUGACAUGGCUCUGGACCCAGCCAAGAAGCUGCUGCUGACAGCCAGCGGAGAUGGCUGCCUUGGUGUCUUCAACAUCAGACGACGCCGGUUCGAGUUGCUCUCCGAGCCUCAGUCUGGAGACCUGACCUCUGUCACACUUAUGAAAUGUGGGAAGAAGGUGGCCUGUGGCUCCAGUGAAGGUACCAUCUACCUCUUCAACUGGGAUGGCUUUGGGGCCACAAGUGACCGCUUUGCCCUGAGAGCUGAGUCCAUUGACUGCAUGGUUCCAGUCACUGAGAGUCUGCUGUGUACCGGCUCCACUGAUGGAGUCAUCAGGGCUGUCAACAUCCUGCCAAACCGAGUGGUGGGCAGUGUGGGCCAACAUGCCGGGGAACCUGUGGAGAAGCUAGCCCUCUCCCACUGUGGCCGCUUCCUGGCCAGCAGUGGCCAUGACCAGCGCCUCAAGUUUUGGGACAUGGCCCAGCUGCGGGCUUUGGUGGUGGAUGACUACCGCCGGCGCAAGAAAAAGGGAGGGCCACUACGGGCGCUGAGCAGCAAGGCCUGGAGCACGGAUGACUUCUUUGCAGGACUGAGGGAGGAGGGAGAGGACGCCACAGCUCAGGAGGAGGAGGAGACUGAGGAUGACAGUGACUGAGGGAAUGAGCUGAAUCUCAGGAUGGGUUCUCAGCGGACAAGAGUCUUGUUUUCUGGGCUGGAUCCCUAGAGAGGCUGGGAAUUUAAAAUAUCCUAUUGUGCACAAGAAGAUGCUCAGGAUCGGCACACUGAUGUGGGGAAGUACUUGCCCUGUAGCAGCUGCUCACUCCACCACUGUAAGACAAGCCCACAGCUGGCGCAAGACAGCACAGACACAGGUGUAAACCAACCAGGGGUUUAAUAUAAAUACAACCAGCAUAGAAAAACUCAAAACUACGCAUACACCAAAACCAGAAUGCCAAGUGGUUGGGGCAAAGGCAGAUUUCUGACCCUUUGGCUCAGCCAGCCCCCAAAUAAAAACAUCAACAAAGACAAAUCAAGAAAAUAAGAAGCAAA